CUGUCACCCACCCUCCUCACUGCCACAAAAUCCCUGUUGGCCUCGUGAACCAAAAUAUAAAAAAAACAAUUAUCAUCGUUGCCUGCCAUUUGAUGCCGCUCUCCGGAUCUGCAGAUCAUUAUCCGUCUCUCCGUGGCAUCCACACUCAGCGAGCCAGCCAAACCUGCCUUUCGUGCCCGCACGUGGGAUUGAAGGAAUUUUGAAAAUCGGCUUCCGGCUUCCACUGCUUCCAACCUCCUUCUCAUGAGCUUAUAGCACCUCGUCUUUCUGAGGCAAACAGUCUCGUUGAGAUCAUUUUCGCACACUCAGUCACCUCCAACCCGUUCCUCUAUACACCUAGAGAGACAACUGCGUGCCACUUGUUCAGUGGGAUGGCGCAGGCCGACGGCCAUGUCCACCACCAAGAUCGCCUGCGCCCAUGCUCGAACAAUGAAUAUAUUCCUACCUUGAAUACCGAGGUUGAGUCUGGCGCCAUGUUGUCUCCUCUGAAUGCGCCCGCUCCUCAGUCGCGGCCGGCCUUUCAAGGGUCGGCUGCCAGCGAAGAUACCAUCCGCCCGAUUGCAACUCCUCCCGUGGACAUUCCCGUCGCAAACGAGCAUGUUCCAGCGAGAGGAAACACCCCCGACACAUCUUCCUACAUCGAGCGCUAUAUGCGCAAUCGUAAUCCGUCCGUCAGCUUCAACAAGGAGAUCAAGUUGGAUUCGGGACACCGUCAGAGUAUCACAGAUCCGCUCGAGAAGCCCUCGCGUGAUCGAGGGCGCUCAAUGAUGCAGGCCAUUGUAAGAGAGAGGCGAGAUUCAAGAGCGCACAGCGAGUCCGAACGGUCACAUUUUGACCCCGCCACCGGUCGUCGCUUAGCCAAAUACUCCCAGAGCCCGGCCAGAGAGCAAGCACGCAUAGGCGAAGCGCGCUUUCCUUUGUUGCAGGCCACUGUGGACGAGAUGGCACGAGAAUCGCAGACGAACCUACCUCAGACGCAGUCCUUGACCUCUCAGUCUACAGAGGCUUCCAACGAACAGGCUGUCUUCUCACCUCCUUCCGAAGAUCACUACCUACAGUCUCCCUUCACAGCCUCACCCUCACCCGUUACUCCGUUCUCCAACCAAGCCUUUUCCUACGAGGAGCCAAAAUCCUUCCGGCGUACUGCAUCACAACGAUGGAGAGAUGGUGAGGCCAGCGCUUCCCCCCAGGACUUCUUCUCUCGAGCGGGUAGUGUGCGCAACAAAAGCAUGCGUGAUCUUGUAAGCCGCGGCUCCCGUCGCGACACUUCAGGCUCUACGAAAUCUCCUAUGUCAGCUGCAUCUUCUUAUCUCCGUGCCUUCUCCAUGAGCAGUUCGACGAACAAUGGCGACGCCGAGACUGGGCCUAUACCUCCGGAUGCGGAGGGCCAAACUAUCGGUGAGGACUAUGUUCUAGGCAAACAGAUCGGUUAUGGCGGCUUCAGUACGAUCAGAGAAGUGACGCAAUUGAGUGACGGUGAGCAACGAAAACUCGCCGUGAAGAUCGUUCGUCGACGUAUUGGCGGCAUCUCAGAAGCCGAAAACGAGCAAGCACAGGCGGAAUUCGAGCAUGAAGUCGAGCUCUGGCGCUUUCUCAAUCAUCGCAACAUUCUCCCUCUAGAAGCUGUUUAUAAACUCGACGAAGCCACCUUUUGUUUUAUACCCCUCAAUGUGGGAGGGACACUUUUCGACCUCGUCCGCUUGAACCGCAAAGGCGCCGCACACAACGUGGCAAGGAGCUAUUCCUACCAGCUCGCCUCAGCAUUGCGAUACCUUCACCUCGACGCCCGGGUCGUGCACCGCGACAUAAAACUUGAGAAUGUCCUCGUCGAGCCUGGACCGGAUGGACAGCCAGGUCUGCUCCGUGUGUGCGACUUUGGCAUGGCAGAGUGGCUUUCCUCCGACAGCCUCUCCGGUCCCCCAAGCCCAGACUUCCACGACAGUGACCGACCCCCGCAGAAACAUAUCGGCCCGGCCGACACGUCCACGUCUGCCUUUGCAGGUGGCAGCCUAGAAUACGCUGCACCCGAAAUUCUACGCAUUGCAGAACGCUUGAACAGCAGUGCUCCUGCAGAGCGGGCCAUUGUCUCUCCUGCUGUCGACCUUUGGGCUUAUGGCGUAUGCGUCUACAGCAUGAUUGUAGGUUCUCGACCAUUCCAGAAUUCAUUCCAGCCUCGUGUGGUCAUGGCGAUUUUGGCAGGGGACUGGAACCGCGAAAUGCUGGAAGAAAUUGGAGGUCAAGAUGUCCUGGAGCUCGUGACUGGAUGUCUGGACAUGGACGACUCGGCCCGCUGGGACGUAUCAAGGGUCAUGGAGAGCCCCUGGCUGGAGGAUCUCGCAGCUGAGGAAGACAAUCGAGAUCAAGGGCUUCACGGAUGGCGAUUGUAAAUUCUACCCUACGGACGGCUUCUCUGGGAUGAACUUAUGGAUUCUUACGACCUCACGACUUGCAUGUUUUUUCUUCAUCUUCUUCGCACGCAUGGAGCUUUGGGACAGGCGCACUGCUGGUUGUUGAGACAGGAUGUCGGAGUGUCUACCUCUCCUUCCUUCGCUAUAGCGCUGUAUCACUGUAUCACUAUGUUUCUCAUAGGCUAUACUAAACGCUAAUGAUAAUGACUAUGAUACCCA